GUUAUUGACCACGACAAAUUCUGUUUCACUACUUUCAUUCAUUGUUGUUGUGUUUGAUGUAGGAAGAAGCACCCACAGUUUUAUUGAACUUACCUACUCGUAGAGCGUGUGACUGAGUUCCGUGUAGGUCCAACUGACGGCGGUUACCUUUUGCACCGUGUCAAAAUGGAUUCUGUUAAUUAUUUCACCGCUUGUCAGUGUUUCUUCUUCGUGAAUUUUUGAAUGUAAUCUAAGUGAGAUCAUUUAAACAGGUUCCUCACAACAUCAAUGAGUUGUUGUGCGUUCGCGUCCGAUCUAUAACAGUGUGUCGAGAAUGGAAGGGAACAUUGAGAGAGAGUGCAGUGCUCUCGGAGGAUUAUUUCAGCAAAUUGUAGCGGAUAUGAAGAAUGGCACCCCUUUGUGGGAAGACUUCAUAUCCAAAGCCACUAAAUUACACACUUGCCUCAGGGCGACGAUAAAUGCCAUCUCCUCGUAUCUGGACGCUUUCCAAAAAAUAGCAGAUGCUGCCACUAACACGAGAGGUGCUACGAAAGAAAUCGGUACAGCAUUAACGCGGAUAUGUUUACGUCAUAGAGCUGUGGAGGCCAGACUCAAAACCUUCACCAGCGCAAUAGUCGAUUGUUUAGUGAAUCCUUUACAAGACAAACUAGAAGAGUGGAAAAAAUCGGUCGUCAAUUUAGACAAGGAACAUACCAAAGAUAAUAUCUGAGGUGAAAGGAAGUGAUACAUCUUGGAUCAUCACCUCACCCCCGAGUAGUCCUAGCUCCCUAGGUUCUCGAAAGUCAAGUAUGUGCAGCAUAAGUUCCCUGAACAGUUCAUCAAGCGGCAGUUCCAAGUCUCAUCAUUCUCCUUCCCACAACUUUUGGACUAGAUCACUUUCACAACGUCCUCCCCUCCCUGGCACGCUGUGUCUUGGCAGUGUUUCAUCUCGAGACUCCGGCUUCACCUCGCAAGACACACUUUAUCCAAAAACUUUCUUCAUGAGUCAGUUUGGUGCUAAUCACUCAGAGAUGGUUAGCAGUGGUGAGAGCACACCUUCUGGGGAAAUUGUGACAAAUAAUCCCACAUCAACAUGGCCGAACUUGCAAGAUACCCUUCAAUUUGAACGGGCAGCUUCAGCAAUUCUGAACGACCGUCCGCAUACCAUAUCAUCAGCAUACGAAAAAGGACAUCAGCGAGUGGCUCUUAGCGUUUACACAUUUACGAAUCCAGAAAGUCAGUCUCAACCAACAAGUCCCUCGACUCCUGUAAUCUCACCUCAAAUCCCUGCUGUUAAUAGUAUCAACAGUAAUUCCCUGUACGAUCAAUUGCCUAACGUAUCAUAUGGUGAUCUAUCAUCCAACGAACCUGUAUAUAAGUCUGUUACUUCCUUGCGCUACUCUCGACCUCCCUUACCUCAGCGUUGCUCCUCCCUCGAACGUCCUUCCCUUCCUCCACAUCCCUCGCAUCCUGCCUCAACUUUUUUAAUGUACUCAACGUGUUCUACUCCCACUAACAAACCAACGAUGUUCCUGAAAAAUGGUGAACUACACCAACCAACUUAUGUAAAUAUGCAUGAAUUGGCGAGUUUAGCUGCAAAUAAAGGUCAAGAAAUGAGUUUUCCACCACCUCCACCAGAGCUCACGAAUAAUCGAAAUUACCCAAAGACUGACGGAAAAAACGGGAGUACAAGCGAAAGCUUGCUAGAAUCGUCGAGUGGCUACGGAAGUCAGACUGUUAUUUAUCAACAUUCUCAAGAUGAGAGUCAUUGUGAGAGACAUCUUGGGCAGCAAAAUACUCUAUCUAGACGGGGCUCCAUCAGUAGCAUAAAACCGCCGCCUCCAAUCCGCAGAACACCAUCAAUCAACCGUGUUCAAGGAUGUGGUGGCUUGGAUCAGUUUCCACCACCACCAGCAUACCUCUUAGAAUCCAAGUCCAUCAGUUCAUCCAUCCAAAGCAUGACGUCAUCCAUCGUGGCCGAACUCCAGCAACGCCAGCGAUCGCCUAGCAUGGACCGUCGCAAAUCAUGUCUCACAAAUGUAUACCCAUGCGGCACCAAAAAUGAUCCGUCUUGUUGCAAAAAUAAUAGGGAGAAUAUGUAUUCAAAGAAUGAGCGGAGCUCUUUUCAGUCUAAGGCUGCAAUAGAAAUUGAAACUAAGCAGAUGAGUGUGGCUGAUACUGUGCGAGCAUUAACCGAGUUGAAACACCAGCCUGCUAGUCCUGUAUCUGUUCGUAGAUCCAGCAGCAUCAGGUCAGUAAGUGCCGAUCGGCAUCCGUCCAAUAGUUAUAUCUCUCCCCGAAAACUUGAUCCUCGCUUAUGUCAUGACUCCCUCAUGGAGCAGAUCAAAAAGGGCACUCUCCUGCGCAAAACACGCACUGUUAAUGAUAGAUCUGCACCACACAUACAUUGAUUCUCAGGGGCAUACCAAGGAGAAGAAGUCAAUUCUUCCUUGCAUAUACUUUCAGCUCCAAAAAGUUUUAUUUAAGGUGUUUAGAUUAAAUUAAUUUUACUUUUGUCAAAGAUGCAUAAUAUUUACUGUACAAACUUUGUAAACGCAUAAUCUAAUGAUAAACAUUUUCAUGCAUAUCAUUACCAAUGAACUGAGAUGUAGGCAGCUUAAACAUUGUUUUUUUCGGUAGGUUCAUUUAGAGGUUUUAGUCGUAUCCAUAUUUACGACCAAUGAACUUUCAGCUCCCUUUGUGUUGGAAUCGCAUAUCAACUUGCUCAUUUUGGACAAUUGAUGAUUUUCUGCCUGUUUAUUUCUCAGAACCGGUGUGGUGUAUAAUGGGUCCGUUGGAGGCAAGAGAUACAGCCAAAUAAAUUUACUCUCUACAGGUAAAAUUGCACGAAAAUCAUGUUGAGCACGUCAAAACAGUCAAAAAUCUAUUCCUUAGUAUGCAAUCUGUGUAGUAUGAAAUAUGCUUUUUCAAGUUGCCCGCGUCUGCGGGCAGUUUUUCUCAGUCACAGCCAACCAGGUUUGCACCCUCUGGAGUUGGAAAAACUAAUCUGAGUAAACAUACAAUUUCAUCAACUUUUUCUAUUGUAUGAUUUCAAUCGUUUCUAAGCGUUUGUUUUCUUUUUCUUUCUUUAUUUUGCAAGAACAAUAGCUUUGAAUCAAUUGAAAUCAUACACAAGAAGAGUCUGUAACUGUGCACAAGAUUGAUUGUUUAUUUAGGUUAGGUCUGUCUCGGAGCAAACCUGACCGCUGGCCACUAAAAAAUACUGCCCUUAUAUGCAGUAAAUUUGAAAAAUCUUGUUAAAAACUCUGUAGAUUGUGCACUAAGGAGUGGAUUCCAGAUUUUUUCAAGUGCUUAAUGUAAUCUUCGAGCAAAUUUGGGUUUGGAAAGCUUAUUUAGUUGGCUGUAUCUCUUGCGUGCAACAGACUUAGCCUGUGUAAUGAAAGUACAGAAACCAAGAGUGAUCAUUAAUUUUACCGUACUAUUUGAGAAUGUUCUUAAAAACAGUUGUUGUUUCUUAUUUUAUGUCACUUAUUUGAGAGAAAAUUCCUCUUGGGAAGUGAAAAAUAAAAAGGCGCCUCAAAAUAAGGAAUUCCAAAUGUUUAAACUUUUCCCACUAAUCUACUCUCCCUAAUUUAUUCUUGAGUGCCUUUGUAUCAAAUAUUAAUAUAGUAUUUUCUCCUGAAUUUAAUCAUCUGGAAACAUGCGUAUUUCCUACAAUUUCUCCUCCAUAUCUUGGAAUUGAAGGGUGCCUACACAAUCAAAAGCUCAGGAAAAAGGGCAGAAUUUCCACAACAGGUCCAAAAGUAUAGAAAUAUCCCUCAAAGUUGACUCCGUGUCCUACAGCUCCAGGAAAAUUAAAAAUAUUUGCGUUCUCAUAUCAUUUCUCAACUCAGAAUUCAAUCUCCACAGCAUG